UUAUUACUAAAAAGUUUGAAUAUACUCCAGACGUAUUGUUUAAACAAAUGGGUUCGGUACCUUAUUUCUUCUUUAGUUCUUUAUGCAAAGUGAUUUUUGUUAGUUACACCUGCGACGAUACAACUCAAAAGAUGGAGAAAAUCAAUGAAAUUGUUUAUACAUUUUAUGCAGAAAAUACAGAUUAUAUAAUACAACAAGAGGUGAAAAUGUUCACUCUGCAAAUGGCACAUUGUCAAUCGACGUAUUCCACUUUUGGUUUAUAUUCAUUCAAUCGAAAGUACAUAUACUCGUGCAUUGGGAUGGUGAUGACAUAUUUGACUAUUAUGAUACAAAUGUCUGAUCCUGUGACAAAAUGAAAUUUAAAUAUCAUAUAAAAGUUGGUCACGAUAAUAAGAAAAGCCUAGUCGUCUUAUUGAUUUUCACAGAAGCAUACUCAAAACACAGACUAUACAUACUAAAGUGA